CACACCUUCAUUCUAGCAAAGGACCUGUAUAACAGGACGAUACACGCGUAGGCUAGUCUAUAGAUAGCCAGCUCGUAUUCUGUCAACAAUGGCCGACCAACUAACAGAAGAGCAAAUUGCAGAGUUCAAGGAGGCUUUCUCCUUAUUCGACAAGGACGGCGAUGGUACCAUCACAACCAAAGAGCUGGGCACGGUCAUGCGUUCUCUGGGUCAGAACCCGACGGAGGCUGAGCUUCAGGACAUGAUCAACGAGGUGGAUGCUGAUGGUAAUGGAACCAUCGAUUUCCCAGAGUUCCUCACUAUGAUGGCCAGGAAAAUGAAAGACACAGACAGCGAGGAGGAGAUCCGAGAGGCUUUCCGAGUAUUUGACAAGGAUGGCAAUGGCUACAUCAGCGCUGCAGAGUUACGUCAUGUCAUGACAAACCUUGGGGAGAAGCUCACAGAUGAGGAAGUGGAUGAAAUGAUCAGAGAAGCAGAUAUUGACGGCGAUGGUCAGGUGAACUACGAAGAAUUUGUACAGAUGAUGACUGCAAAGUGAAGCGUGUCCGUCCAUCCCUAACCCUCUUAGAAGACAUAAAUCAGUCAACUGUUUUACUUACCUCUUGGGAAAAAAUGUGCAUUUACUCAUGUUUCUGUAUAGAAAAUAACUGAAUGUUAAAGUAAAAUAUCCUUCUAUCCGCACAGAUAAAUAAAAAAAAAAAAAAGUCAAAAAAACCCAAAAAUAUCUGCAUGAAAUGGUUAGUGAUCCUGUCCCCAACAAUCAGUCUAGCAUCGGUACUUAAAGAGAAAAUAACUACCUUCAAAAACUGAAGAAAAGAAGCACUUGGUGAACUCCUUAAGUUCCAUUUGCUCUUGAUAAUGUUUGGGCUGGCCAUCUGUUCUUUUCUUUUUUUUUUUUUUUUUUUUCUCUGUUUUUCUGUUCUUCAUGCAUGCAGCUUGAGACUGGAGCUCUCUCUCUCUGGCCGACCAGAGUGUGCUAAUUCCACUGAAGUGUUGUAGUGUCAGUUUGGUACAGUUUUUUUGUAUAUUGAGAGGAAUCCUAUAAUGAAUGAAAGCAGGUUCUAAGUCAAGCUGGAAGUCUAUUGGGGCUUUGUUGUAUUUUGGGAAG